GAGUAGUAGUAUUCGUAUUUCCUAGUGUGGACUGGUGCAACUAACUCCAAUUUUGAGCAUAUAAUAUUACUAGUAUUAGUAUCCUCUGCUUAUCCUCCGUAUCUCACUUUAUCAAUUCAACGCCGCCGCCCUCCCCCGCCAUACCACAAAUAUCUCUUCCCAAUCGCAUCCAUGGAGAAACUCGAUUUAAACAAACUCAAGCUGGCCUCCUCCUCCCUCGGCGAGCGCAUAAAGACCAGCGGCGCGCAGAUGGGCCGCACCAUCAGCUCCAAGAUGAAGGAAAUCCUCCAGUCCCCUACGCCGGAGUCCAAGGCCGUCGACGAGGCCACCGCCGAGACGCUGCCGGAGCCCAAUUGGGGCCUCAACCUCCGCAUUUGCGCCAUGAUCAGCCGCACCGAGUACGACGGCGCCGAGAUCGUCAGGGCCAUCAAGAAGAAGCUCACCGCCGCCCGUAGCCCGCCCACGCAGGGGCUCAGCCUCGACCUGCUCGAGGCCUGCACCUCCAAUUGCGAGAAGGUCUUCUCCGAGGUGGCGUCGGAGAAGGUGCUCGAUGAUAUGGUCAGACUCAUCGAGGAUCCCAGGACGGACCACGGCGUUAGGGUCAGGGCGUUGCAGCUUAUCAGGGGCUGGGGCGAGUCUAACGAUCUCGAUUACUUGCCCGUCUUCCGUCAGACGUAUAUGAAUUUGAAAUCUAGAGAAUUCCCUCCUACAGCACCGGAAGAAAGCUUUCCCACUGUGCAACGCAACUUGGAGUCCUAUCUUGGUGAACAGCAACUAGCGCCGUCUGAGGGACACCCCAUUCCCAACUCAGGUGCAGCAAAUGAAGAAGUUCCCAGUUUCAUUAGUUAUGGUUUCCAGUCCAAUGAAGAGAAAAAGGAGCAUCUUCUUGUGGCUCGGAACAGUCUUGAUAUUCUCUCCAGCAUUUUGAAUUCUGACACCGAACCAAAACCCGUCAAGGAUGAUCUUACGGUUAGUAUGUUGGAGAGGUGCCAGCAGUCUCUUCCUGUUGUUCAGAGAAUUAUAGAAAGCACAUCUGAUGAUGAAGUGAUGCUUUUCGAUGCUCUAAACCUCCACGAAGAGCUUCAAAAUGCCAUAUCCAGACAUAGUGAGCUCGUAGCAGCCCUGGAAUCUGGAGAGGCAAAGGACCAGAAUACAGAGGAUCUUUCUGACGACUCUACUACUAAUAAAUCUACAUUGGGACCUCACGACACGACUGAAACUACAGAUAAUUCUAUAGCAGGCACCACCGGGUCCAACAAGUCAAGUCAUCAAGUAGAGAGUGCUGAAAAGAGCAGCAAAGAAUGAUCGAGCGCACUGGAAGAGGUUGCUUGUAUUUAGAAACUGUCUCUAGCCAUAGGAACGGCAUCGGUUCAAGCAGCCCGACUGCAGUAUGAUGAGGUGGUUGUGUUGUAAAUAAAUGAUAAGGUUUCAGUUGCCUUAGGAUAUGUAAUGUGUGUGGUUUAGCCGCAGUCUGCAGCUUCUAUACUUUGCUUGCAUAAGCUCCUGUUUCUCAUUCACCUCCUGAAUCGGAGCUUCAUUUGGAUAUUUGAAUCUUGCUGGUAUUUAAUUAUUUUAUUUACUUUUACUUCA